AUGGGAGGAGGAAGAGUUAUGGCGACGGCAUCGAAGGUGGCUGGAAUUGGAGUCUCGAAAGGAGGAUUCAGGGGAGGAUUCGGGUUUGCGGCGGCGGCGCCUUCUCCGGCGAGUGAGCAGUUUAUGGUCACAAACACCGCCGUGUCUAAGCCGGUUACGGCUUCGAUUUCAUCGGUGGCUCAUCAUUCCGUUAAUUGCAGUGUGAGGUUGAGAUUUUUAAUCUUCAUCUUCUUGAGUUUGUUUUAUUUUCUUGGAUAUUUGCAGUGUGAGGUUGAGAUUUUGAGAUCCUCUCGGGGUUCAGCGAGAACAAUCACAUGGCCUAUGAGGAUGAAUAUUGCUCUUGAUAUUGCGAGGAACAUUGUUUCAACUGUGAACCUAGAUUGUAAGCUCGACCUCAAAGCUAUUGCUUUUCAAGCUCGCAAUGUUGAGUAUAACCCAAAUGUUUGUUGUAGUGUGUAUCCAUGUCAUUUAUUUGUAAUGUGUUUUGUUGUUGUUUUCACCGGAGUCAAGAGAUUCGAAUCUGGCGACACGACUAAGCUGAAAAUCAACAGGAUCUUAAACUCCUCUGGUCAAACGGGUCGAUCAUGGGGUAAUAGGAUUGGUGUGAUUGGUCUGAUCUAUGCAGGGAUCGAGAGUGGUGUUGUGGCUUGGAACGAUAGAGAUGAUGUUUGGACAAGUGUGGUUACUGGUCUUGGAACUAGAACUGUGUUUAGAGCGGCGAGAGGAGUGAGAUCCGCGGCUGUGGCUGGUGCUCUUGGUGAUUUAGCAGCUGGAGCUGUGGUUGCAGACGUUGCUGCGAAAUGUUGUGAGUCUAAUUGGAAGACUCUGUUCAUUGUUGAAAUUUUUGAUAGGAAAUUGUUGUGA